UCCCAGAGAGAACUCUCAGCAUUCAGUUGCCUGAGAGCAACAAUGAGAUUUAGAUGGAGAAUUUUCUCUUCCUUCUGGAAAGUGUUGAUACUACAUGGCUGACCCCUAGCUUCACUAUUUGGGCAAUGGACAUGAUCCUUGCCUUUGUGUGUGGGAUGGGGCUCUUCCACCUAUUAUUACCCCUCCUCCACCUUAACUCACUCUCACCUCCAUCAGCAGAAAACAUCACUGCCCAAAAGGUGGUGAAGAGGGAGCACAGCAAGGUCAGGAAGAAAAUCAGGACCGCGAAAGCUUACAGGAGCAGCAGGAAGAAACCGAAGGGGGACGAGGUACUGAUUUCACUUGUGCACAGCAUGCUAGAGAGGCUUGUCAAUACCAUCAGCAUUUGCCAGCUCUUAAGACAAGAUGCCUCAGGUGAAGCUUCCAAACCAGAAGCUACCAAAGCCCACCAGCCACCUAGGCAACCCACAGAGAAGUCUGUGGCCACUAAUUUGUCCCUAGAGGCUUCCUCUACUUCUCUCAAGGAAUACCUGCUGCCCAAAGAUUCUAAAAUCUUGUCACAUGUUCUGAUGAAUUCCUCAGCUUCUAUUAAGUCACAGUUGUCUGUGAGUGCCUCUCAGCCACCAGAGACCUUGACUCAUGGAAGACGCCACUCACCACCACAGGCACCUUCCCACCACUCUCAUGCUCCUGAUCCUGUGGCUUAUUCUCCAUCCAUGCCAGAUCCCAGAAUGAAGGCUCCUUGGUUACUUUUAAACACUACUGACCUCACAGAGCACACCGCUGCCAGGUUUGCCUUCUCCCAUCUCAACCACCCCAGGCCUUAACCAUUCAAGCAGGCCAACCUCAACCAUCCCAGGCCUUAACCAUUCAAGCAGGCCUACUUCAACCACCUCAGGCCUUAACCAUUCAAGUAGGCCUACCUCAACCACCCCAAACGUUGACCACUCAAGCAAGCUUACCUCAACUACCCCAGGCCUUAACCACUCAAACAGGCCUUGACCACUCAAGCUACCAAUCCAUGGAAAUAGCUUAAUGAUUAUAGGAAUUUAUUGGAGGGUUAACUCAGGAUACAGAAAACUCACUAUACAGAAAAUAGGGAUUGAGGCAUGGUCUAAUGCCGCUUUUCAGAGAGCUCUGCCCUGAUCUCAAGUGGGCUCCACAGCUGUCAGUCUAAAGUUUGUGAGCUAGUUCAGUUUCCUCUGUAGUUUUCUCCUUCAUGAUCUUGACCCUCCUUGAUCAUAUUAUCCCUCCUCCCUUUCUUUGACUGUACUCCUGGAGGAUGCCCCUCAAUGAAAGAAUGGAUAAAGAAAAUGUGGAACAUUUACACAAUGGAGUUUUACUUAGCUCUAUAAAGCAAUGACAUCAUGAAAUUUGCAGGUGAAUGGAUGGAACUAGAAAAUAUCAUCCUGAGUGAGGUAACCCAGACUCAGAAAGACAAAUAUGGUACGAACUCACUCAUAAGUGGAUACUAGAUAUAAAACAAAGGAUAAACAGACUACAACCCACAGCUCCAGAGAAGCUAGGUAAUAAGAAGAACCCUAAGAGUGACACAUGGAUCACCCUGGGAAGAAGAAAUGGAUGAAAUCUCCUGGUUAACUGAGGAAAGAAGGUGGUAGAGAAGAGGGGAUGGGGGAUGAGAACAUAGGGGAAUUCUUACAGGGAGGAAUUAGUUAAAAGAGAUU